UAUUCUGUGCUGUCCGAAUUUCGGGUCUCUUCGUCUUUGGGGUGAGUGUGGGGGAGGGAGACCGGACGCAAAACCCCCAAACACUCCGCUCCCUUCCCUUCAAGCGAUCAAGCCAUUGCUGGUGCUGCAGCCUCCUUCGUCAGUUCGUCUCCUCCCUUUGCAGCCAUUGCUGCCACCUCCGGUGCCCGCCCCUACCCCGGACCGCCGUAUUCGAGCAGUCCCGCCGCGGAUGGACCGCGCAGUGGAAGAGGCACACACUGCAGUGUGUGAGAUAUGUGGCAGUAGCAAGAAUCAAGAGGUCAUGGUAAACUGCACUCAGUGUAAUGCCUAUCGUCACUGUUAUUGCUUGGAGGUGGUGGCAUUUGAAAUAAAAGGUAAAUGGUGUUGCUAUGAAUGCCAAAAGAAUGCUAAUGGGGAUCCAGAACCUAUUCAAGGUGAAAAAACUGAGUUUCAAAGGCCAUUACAUGGUUGUGAUCUUAGAAAGGAAAGUAAAACUCCAAUACUGGAUAACAAUUGCAGGAAUAAAACUCCGCAGCGUUAUGAAAAUUCUAAAGUGAAAUACAUUCCCUGCGAAGAGGCAGCGUUGUUGAGUAAAGAGAGGUGGACAGCUCAUAACAGGCCAAAGUUUGUUGUGCGGCAUACUACCUUGGUCCAUCCUGCAUCUCCAAAUAUGAAGUGCAUGUCUCCCAGUAGACAGGUUCUUCCUGCUCUUAGAAAUGUGAAACCAUCCUCCAGUAUGAAGUCCAUUCUUCCCAGUAUGAAACAGUCGCGCAGUAUGGUAUGUGUAUCUCCCAGUAGGAGUGAGACUGAAGUGUUUGCCUCACAAAGAUGCACUGUUGCAAGUCAAAACACGAUAAAAGUUGAUGUAAACAUGCAACAAAGAAUACAAUCAGGUAUACCAAUUUCUAAGGUUCUUCCACAUAGUACAAAAGGAGAAGUUAAAGAAAAUGUUCAUCAGCUUCAAGAUGCGCCUAGGGAAGUGAAGGUAGCCAGUGCAGAUAAAGGAGCAAGUAACUCUUGGGCAGACGAUCAACAUAGUGGGGAAAGUGCUUUCAGUUCUUCAGUGCCAACAGAUGCUGAUAUCGGAUGUGAAUCUGGAUCAAAAAGCCUGCACCACCAUAUAGACAUGCCAGUGAUCAUCAACUCAAGUGUGGAGUAUGCAAGACGCCCUCCACCACAACCAAUCUGUUGGACGGGAUGCUUUCUUGCCUCUGCUGGAGAAAAUAUUGAUCUGGGAGAAUUUGAAGCAUACCUCCCAUCUAGAGUAUCAUCUAAAGUUCGUAAUAUCACCAAGAAGAUGCCUAACAAUCUGCAAUUGGAGAUACAGCCUCGAAUGAAUUACUGGCCAAAGGCUUUUGAGAAAACACGCCCAGUUUAUAAUGACAUCGCGUUGUUAUUUUUCCCUACUAAACUUGACUGCAAUGGAAAAAAGCGUCCUCGUCCCUUGGAGAUCCAGUGCGGUUUUGCCAUGAAGACUUAUGUCGACGACAUGAUGUUGUUGAUAUAUAACUCAGAAGUGCUUCCACCUGAUUCUCAGUGGAUUGACGGAGAGAGCUACUUAUGGGGUGUUUUUCUGAAGCCAAGGCUUAAGAGCAGUUCUGCGCGGUUUGGUUCAGUUUUGUGAAGCCAAGGUACAAGAAAAUGGCUGUCAAUUCUAAUUUGGUUGGUCUACUUGGUUGCGUAACUGGAGGACGUUCGAAUUAGCAGGGGAAGUCAGUAAUGAUGGGUGUUCUUAGUUCGGAAGUUGAACAAUUUGUAACUCAUGUCAGCAUGAUGGAAUACUAGUAUCCAUUGUUUGCCAUUUUAUGUAUGCAUGUAGUACUAUGUACUCCGUAUGUAUGUUUGAUCGAGUUCGAAUUAGCAAGGCAGUAAUGAUUUGUUGUCGCCAAAUCCACAACUUGUUGAAGGCAUCCUCGUGUCAGAUGCUGUUCUUAGGUCUGUCAAUUCUGCUGGCGUAAACAAAUGAGGUCGAUAGGUGGAGUCAUGUAAUGUUGAUGCGAGAGUUAUUCCGUUAGUGAUGGUGGAUUA